UGGUCUUUUUUACAGUAAAGCAGUCUCCUCAAAAGAGUAAAGAAAGAGAAAAGGAGUAAAAGAGAGAAUAUGGAUCCUGAAGGUUUCACGAGUGGCUUAUUCCGAUGGAACCCAACUAGAGUAAUGGUUCAAGCACCAGCUCCGAUUCCUCCACCGCAGCAGCAAUCGCCAGCAACACCGCAGACCGCAGCGUUUGGAAUGCGACUAGGUGGUUUGGAGGGUUUGUUCGGUCCUUACGGUGUACGUUUUUACACGGCGGCAAAGAUAGCUGAGUUAGGUUUUACGGCGAGCACACUGGUGGGCAUGAAGGACGAGGAGCUUGAGGAUAUGAUGAAUAGCCUCUCUCAUAUCUUUCGUUGGGAGCUUCUCGUCGGUGAACGGUACGGCAUCAAAGCUGCCGUUAGAGCUGAACGGAGACGAUUGCAAGAAGAGGAAGAGGAGGAAUCGUCUAGACGCCGUCAUUUGCUACUCUCCGCCGCAGGUGAUUCCGGCACUCAUCUUGCUCUUGAUGCUCUCUCCCAAGAAGAUGACUGGACAGGGUUGUCACAGGAGCCGGUUCAGCACCAAGAUCAGACUGAUGCGGCGGGGAUCAACGGCGGAGGAAGAGGAGGUUAUUGGGAAGCAGGGCAGACGACAAUAAAAAAGCAACAGCAGAGACGCAGAAAGAAAACGAUUGUAACGUCAGUGGAAACUGAUGAUGACGGCAACGAAGGUGAGGAUGACGACGGGAUGGAUGUUGUUAACGGAAGUGGGUCAGGGAUGGAGAGACAAAGGGAGCAUCCGUUUAUUGUAACGGAGCCAGGGGAAGUAGCACGUGGCAAAAAGAACGGUUUGGAUUAUCUUUUCCACUUGUACGAACAGUGCCGCGAGUUCCUUCUUCAGGUCCAGACCAUUGCUAAAGAUCGUGGCGAAAAAUGCCCUACCAAGGUGACGAACCAGGUGUUCAGGUACGCUAAGAAAUCGGGGGCAAAUUACAUAAAUAAGCCAAAAAUGCGACACUACGUUCAUUGUUACGCACUCCAUUGCCUCGACGAAGAAGCUUCAAACGCUCUCCGAAGAGCGUUUAAAGAACGCGGUGAGAACGUUGGGUCGUGGCGGCAGGCUUGUUACAAGCCACUUGUGGACAUUGCUUGUCGUCAUGGCUGGGAUAUAGACGCCGUUUUUAACGCUCAUCCUCGCCUUUCCAUUUGGUAUGUUCCCACUAAGCUGCGUCAGCUCUGCCAUUUGGAGCGGAACAAUGCGGUUGCUGCGGCUGCGACUUUGGUUGGUGGUAUUAGCUGCGAGGGAUCGCCUGCGUCUGGACGCUUUGGGGUUUAAUUAGUUCAUGAGUUGUUGUGGUUUACUUAUUCGUUAUCUUAAUUAAUUAUCUACUUUAUUA